AUACAUCAACCAAAUUGAACCUGAUCUCCAUCAAAUUGCUGACUGCUGAAUGCUGAGGGCAGAAAAUUGAGGAGCCGGCCGGUAAAGUAUCAGACAUGACUCCUCUUCGACUUGCAUGAACACGUGUCAUCGCCGAAGACUCCGAGUGCAGGAGGAUCCGGGGAAGAAGCAGCUGGACGGGAAUGGAGAGACGGCGUGUGCACAGCACACGUCGGAGCUUUGGAUGUUCGCUGACUACAUCCGCCCCGCUCCGUUCCGUGCCAGAGUCCGAGCCUGGACGAGAGCUUUUUGGGUCCCGGGUAGAUGACGGGUAGUUCGCUGUCCUGGCUUUUCAGAAUUUGUUAACGUGGAUUUAUGAUCCACUGUCCAUUCGCGCCGAGAUCGGCCAAUUUUCCUCUUGUUCUUCCAGAGGUUCGAAGCUCACAUUUCGUUUCUCUGCACUCAGUUGCUCUUCUGCUCUCUUCUCGUCUCUUCUCUUCUCUUAGCUUCUCCUGGAAAAUAGAUCAGAUUCCGUGGCCGAGCAUUCGAGCUCGUCGUCUGCACUCCAAAUUCAGAUUCGGAAUUUGUGACAAAAUCGAGUUUUCAUGAAAGAGUAGAGUUGGAGAGUUAAAGUUAUCGUAGACCUGCGUCUGGAUUUGAAGUGAAGUAAGACAGUAAUGAUUGCAGUAGCGAGCUUCUGAAGCGCGGAGAAGAAAGGGGAUUCAAGUUGGAACCCAUUGUACCACUGUUGAUUUGAGCAGGCCCGUCAUUGAUUCUCGUGCUUGUGCUGAUUCCUACAGCAGUUUGUGGCUGCCUGUGACGAUCAGUGCAGCUGACUCCGAGUUCCAUGACCAAUUCAGCAGCUGCAAGACAGGCGUUUUCGUAUUGUGUCCAGCAAGUAAGGAGGUAUGACUACGCAAACUAUCUGUGUCUGUUGCAUUUACCUCCGGAAGUACGGAAAGCCGCCUUCGCUAUUCGAGCAUUCAACGUGGAGACCGCAAGAGUCGGUGAUAAUACCCGCGAGAUCCAGCUUGGAGUGAUGCGGCUUUUCUGGUGGAAGGAUACUAUAGAUGGAAUUUAUAAGAAAACACCUGUCGAGCAUCCAGUAGCUCAGGCGCUCAGCUCCGUCUUAGCUGAACAUAGAUUAAGCAAGCAGUGGUUUUCACGCCUCAUCGAGGCUCGGGUAACUGAUUUGGAAGCAACUGCUCCACCUGUUAGUAUGGCGGAGGUUGAACGAUACGCUGAGAACACAGCAUCUGUGAUUCUGUAUCUUACUCUAGAGGCAGCCGGGAUUCGCAGCACAGCCGCAGAUCAUGCUGCUUCGCACAUUGGGAAGGCCGCAGGCAUCGGACUACUGCUUCGAGGCACUCCAGUCCAUGGCUCACGACGCCGAACAUACAUUCCAAUCGACAUAGCUGCGAAGCAUGGUUUGUCUCAAGAGGAUAUAUAUAGAGGACAAAAUCGAGAAGCUCUUGCGGAUGCAGUACAUGAGGUUGCAUCUUUUGCCAAUGCACAUCUAGUUCAUGCCCGGGGUCUUGCUAGCACGGUGCCAAAAGGAGCAGUGACUGUACUUCUUCCUGCGGUUCCAGCCGGCUUACUCUUGCAGUCCUUGGAGAAAUGCAACUUCAACGUGUUUGAUUCAAAGCUCAACAGUGGGGUCUGUGGUGUCUCACCUUUGUGGAUGCAACUCCAGCAGAGAUGGCACGCCUUCAGAGGAUCGUACUAAUUUAUCCUCUUCAGCUUAAGGUCCACUGGGUACAUCAGUCAGUGCCAUUGUCUUUGAUUAACCUUCCACUGGGUCGUGAAGGAUCUUUAGGGGAUGUAGAAAGUUAUAGCACGUUGCUAGGCCCGAAGGGUCAUGAGCACAAGAACCGGAUUUUGUCUGACAAUUUCUUCUCAAUAUAACGGCGAUCCCUUGGUGGUCAUAUGCCUUCAUGCAACAAGACGAAUAGAGGGUCAAACAAACACAUUUUUUGAGCUUGAUAGAAGGACCGGAUCUCAAUUCUAGGAAAAUUUUUAAAUGAUUACGGUUAUUCACUUCGAGAUUAUAGGAACUUGGUUCACAAAUCUAAAUUAUGGGAAAUUAAGUUCCCGGACAAUUGUACAUAGACAACUGUAAGUAGUCUAUGUACGUUCUUCGAAUCUUCUACCUUUUUCGUCUGUCAUGUGGUGAUGACAAUUUCAAUACAAAUUUGGAUCUGAAAACUUGAGUAGAUACUGAACAAAAUUAAAGAGUUCAAAACUCUCAGUAU